AUGAAAAAUGAUGAAGGAAAUCCUAUAGAGAAUGUUGUUCCCACACAGGUUGAUACUUCUAUGGAGAUUUUAAGUCCAGAGAGCAUAUCAAGUGCUUCUAUGCAACGACAGUUGCCAUCUGGUUUACCUCAACAGAAUUCAGACUCUGAUCUCACCUAUCAAUUUGAAUACGAUUCGGAACUCCCAUCAAACGUUCCUCUUGCGGAGCUAAUUCGUCCUCGUACGUUAAAAGAUUACAUUGGACAAUUACAUUUGAUCAACGACGAUAAUGGAUCCAUCAAAAAUUACAUACGGUUGGGGUUCUUACCUUCUAUGAUCUUGUAUGGACCUCCAGGAGUAGGUAAAACCACAAUUGCAUACAUUUUAGCAAGAGAAACUAAAUAUGUGUUUAUGGAGCUUUCUGCAACAUAUAGUACUGUAGCUGAUAUGAAAAGGAUUCUUACUGAAAUAUCUCUGGAGAAUACUGAGAGGAAAGCCAAUAAUGAAGAACCUCUUCAUGUUGUAGUAUUCAUUGAUGAAAUACACAGGUUCUCCAAGACACAACAAGACUUUUUACUCCCGUAUAUUGAGUCAGGACAUUUUGUUUUCAUUGGAGCUACGACGGUCAAUCCUAAAGCUCGUAUACGACGUGCCAUUUUGUCAAGGUGCCAAAUUUAUAAUUUGAAGCCUUUGAGCGAGGUUGAAUUGGAAGCGGUGUUGAGAAGAGCUAUAUUUUACAAUAAUAUUCGUAGGAGAUUGGUGUUUGGAGUGAAAUUCUUACGAUUCAAUGAUGAAGUAAUCAGGUUGAUAGCUAAGGAUAGCAGAGGGGACUCAAGAGCUGCAAUUGGUAUUGUCGAGUUGGUAAGCGGGAGUUUUAUCGAUGCGACUAAAAAGGAGUUAGUAUAUAAUACAGGUGACCAUGAACCUUUUGAGCUCACUAAAACUAUGAUUCAACGUACACUAAAGACUAAUAAAGACAUUGGGGGUAACAGUUUACAGUUGAAAGAUUCCAAAAACAUGAAUUUGUAUUUGAAACUCUUCGACACAAUGAGAGGUGUUGAGCGAUAUCGAGAUAUAGAAUUAAUCCAAUCCGUCCACGAUAAAGUCGUUCAAGGGGGUGAUAGAUCAUUUGAUCCCCCGAUUACUUCAACUCAGACUGAUGUUACCAAAUUUUCUAGCAAAAUAAAAUUCAAAGACAACGAGGGCAAGCAUGACACAAUCAAAAAUUCCAUUGACUUUUCUACUAUUUAUUCGACGUAUACUAAGAAAGAGUUAGAGGAAAAAAUACACAAUUCCGAUGACAGUGAUUUCGAACAAGACUAUUUACUUAGUGAUACUGAUUCUGAUGCCGGAAGAGAUGAAGAGGGUUUCUUUUCGUAUAUGCUGUACGAGGACCAAACAGUGUACCUCGCUAAAUACUACUUAAAUGCAAUUCUUGAAAGAGGUGAGUCACCUCUUUUCAUAGUUAAGCAACUAAUACUAUUCACUUGCCUUUAUACUGAUUCAAAGGCUGUUACCUUAUCUGAAGCUGUUUCUAUGAUUAAGACGUUAAAGAACAGCUCUUCAGAUGCAACGAAAAUGCUAGCAAAUUUUGUUGAAAGAACUACAAAAGCACGAAAGAGAACAAUCACCUCUGAGCUUUGGGACCCUAUAAAGAGACUCAGGAAAAUGAAAGGGUUUUGCAAGCAACAUAACGAAGUCCGAACUGACCCUUCACCAAAUGAUGAGACUGUGCCUGUUACCUUUGAUGAGGAGUUAGUUACGAAAUUAUUGGAAGAGGACUUUUCCACUGCCGAGGAGCCGCCGGUGGAAGGUGAUCAAAAUAUUAAUUUCCAGUUCCCAGUAGAGCAGUAUGAUGUUGAAAAGCAUAGUACCCUAUUUGAGUGCAGUUGA